AUGGAUGCAUUGAACGACAGGACCGCGAACCUCUGCCCUGGCUUCAAGUUCGUCGCAACACCGACCAGAGGCGACAAAACCUCAGGAACAGCUAAAUCGGUGGACUGCGGUUUGUAUCCUGCCAAGUACGCCCCGCGCCCUGGUGUGAACGACGCUGGCGAGCCGACAUCUCCUGCCGUCGACUGGUCGAGAAUUCAGUUGUCGAUCGAGGUCAAGUCGAAGUCGCGCAAGGAUCCCUUCGUCGACACCAAUGUCAACGGCAAGUCCGACUCAGCCGAGCGCCUGGAAGUGCUCGGCCAAAUUCUGGACUACAUGAAGCACGUCUUCGACCACCAACAUCGUACGUGCCAGUACAUGGUCAUCAUCGUCGAGGAGAACGCACGCCUCCUCCGUAUCGACCGCUCGGGGAUCUUCGCCACGAAGGCGUUCAACUUCAAGACGAAUGGGACGCCACUCAUCGACUUCCUCUGGCGAUUCGCUCGACUCAGCCCUGAGGAACGAGGGGAGGACGCGACGGCCGAGAGGGUUCCCCAUGAUUCCAAGAUCGUCAGAGAUAUCCGGCGAAGGGCGCGGAAUGCGCCUAACGACUAUAUCUGGAAGCUGUUUAUGGAGUCUCUCGAGGAUGAGGCCUAUCCGUGGUGGAUACUCACGGUGGACGAUGAAUGCACGAAGACCACCCGGAGAUUCUUUGUUGGGAAACCGAACUUCAAGGCGCAGGGCGUUGCAGGCAGGGGCACGCGUGGAUACGUGGCUCUUGAGCUGGACAAGGGGGAUACGCCGUUUGUUUAUACCAAGGAUUGCUGGCGGGUCGUUCACGACGAGAUCAAGAAGGAGGGCGUCGUCCUCCAGACUCUCAACGCGGAGAACGUUCCACACAUCCCCACCGUCGCAUGUCACGGGGACAUGGGUCAGACCACCAAAUCUCAAGACCUCUGGCACAAGUAUCACCCUGAAGUCAGCCCGGACGCACCAUGCCCCCUCAAGAAACACGAGCAUUAUCGUCUUGUUGUUAAGGAAGUGGGCAAACCGCUGAUAAAGUUCGAGACGGGAAUUCAGCUCUUGUUUGCGUUAUUCUGUUGCCUGAAGGCUCAUAAGGCGGCGUAUCAACUUGGCAUUAUCCAUCGGGAUAUCAGCGUAGGAAAUAUCCUGCUCAUCCAACGCCCCGAUGGCCUUUGGAGAGGGAUGCUGAACGACUGGGAGCUGUCGAAGGAGGUGGACAGCGAGUCGCCCGUAGGCCGCCAACCGGAUCGCACGGGAACAUGGCAAUUCCUGUCCGCCCACGCUUUGAACGACUCCGAAAAGCUGAUUGUCAUCCAAGACGAACUCGAGUCCGUCUUCCACGCUCUCGUGUACAUGUCGAUCCGAUUCCUUCCUCACAACUGUGCGACGGCCAGCGUCGGAAGACUGCUUUAUGACUACUUCGACGACUUCCAAGACACGGACAAGGGUUACGGGUGCGGGAAGACGAAGCUGGUAGCCAUGCGGACGGGGCAAAUCUUCUUCGUUCAAGGC